AUGCGAAGCUGCUGUGCUAUGAGGACUACUGCAAAGCUUGCUGAACGCGAUGCGAGACGGAGGUGCGAGGCAAGGACGAGGCUGAGGUUCGACCUAGAAAAGCUUUUUGGGAAAGGUACAGUAACUUCCCUUUUAGGGUUUCUUCAUCAUACAAAACCCUUCCCUCCCCCAUCAUCUUUUCCUAUCUUCCUAGAGUUGCUAAGAAUGGAGAAUACGAUCAAGCAAAGAAGGAUUUCAUUUUCGGAGCUUCUACAGCGUGAUAACAAAGAAUCGUUCUCCAAAGAUAAGAAGUCACCAAACUGGUACCAUCAAAGAAAUAGUCAAGAUUAUGUUUCCAUCGACGAUGAACAUAUGGCUGCCAUAGCUGCAGCCACUUUCGCUAUACAUUCAUUGGAAGAAAAAGCGAUAUCUGAGUUUCAGAGAAAAGAGAAAAGUAGAGAAGAAGUUGAAGCUUCCAUGAAAACCAAAAUGAGUCAGGCAGAUAAAGCUCCAUCGUUCUCAAGACCAAGUAGACCUAGAGAGGCUUAUGCUAAUAGAAGUUUAAGCAUACAUGGAAGUGGGAACACGAAAGUUGAUGCAUGGGAAAAAGCCGAAUUGCUAAAGAUUCAAAACCGAUAUGAGAAGAGUAACCUAACAAUUCUUCAAUGGGAAAACGAGAAGAAAGCAAGGGCUAAACGUCGAGUGGAAGAGAAAAAGAAAGAAUUGGAACAAAGAAGAUCGAUCAAUUGGCAGCAUUACCAGAACAAGCUGGCGAGGAUUGAUCAUGUAGCUGGAGGCGCUAGAUCGCAAGCAGAAGACACAAGAAGAAAUAAUGAGAAAAAGAUAAAAGAAAGAGCAAGGGAAAUGAGAUCACAUGGAGUUACAUCUCCAAAAUAUUGCUUCUUGUUUGAAUCUACGCUUGCAUUGCAUUAUUCGCUUAACGAACUGGUUGGUCUGAUGUUAUCUCUGCUGGAAGUUACUUGAAUUGGAAAGAGUUUAUAUAUGGAUUUAGGAAAUCUGAGGG